AUGGGAGCCGCCCGCUUGCUGCCCAACCUCACACUGUGCCUGCAGCUGCUGAUUCUCUGCUGUCAAACUCAGUACGUGAGGGACCAGGGCGCCAUGACUGACCAGCUGAGCCGGCGGCAGAUCCGUGAGUACCAGCUCUACAGCCGGACCAGCGGCAAGCACGUGCAGGUCACCGGGCGUCGCAUCUCCGCCACCGCCGAGGACGGCAACAAGUUUGCCAAGCUCAUAGUGGAGACGGACACAUUCGGAAGCCGGGUGCGCAUCAAGGGGGCUGAGAGUGAGAAAUACAUCUGUAUGAAUAAGAGGGGCAAGCUCAUCGGAAAGCCCAGCGGGAAGAGCAAAGACUGCGUGUUCACCGAGAUUGUGCUGGAGAACAAUUACACGGCCUUCCAGAAUGCCCGGCACGAGGGCUGGUUCAUGGCCUUCACACGGCAGGGCCGGCCCCGUCAGGCCUCCCGCAGCCGCCAGAACCAGCGAGAAGCUCACUUCAUCAAGCGCCUCUACCAGGGCCAGCUGCCUUUCCCCAACCACGCCGAGAGGCAGAAACAGUUCGAGUUCGUGGGCUCGGCCCCCACCCGCCGGACCAAGCGCACGCGGAGGCCACAGCCCCUGACGUAG